AUGUUAAAUAAUACUCUAAAUAAUUCUGACUUGAAUUCAACAAAAAAUUCUACCACCAAUUGGAUUAAAAAUAAUGAUUGCAAUACAACUUCAUCGCAUCAAAAUGUUACACAAAAAUUGAUCGUCAAAUUAAGUAAUCAAGAAGUAAAUCCAAUCGAAAAUGGCACAGUAUUGAAAUACGUAUACAAGAAAAAUAAGAAUGUUUCUGUCCCUGACAAAUCAAAAGGACAUUUUAAAAAUAGUUUAAAAAGAAGAAAGAGAUCCGAAAUUACUAACAACAAUAAAAAACUUGCAAUGUUGCUUGAUUUAAAUAUUAUGAACGAUAGUAAGGACAGAGAAGAAUUGAAUAUGCCGGAACUUACUCCAGAUGGAAUUAUCAAAAGUGUUAAUCUAGCAGAUUUUAAUAUCGAGACACUACAUAAUAACAUUAAUCCUUUAAAUAAUUUUAAUUCUUCGAAAGAUAAACAAAAGCAUUUCAAAGUAAUUAAAAGUAGGCAAUUUGAUACCAAAGAUGUAAAAGCCCCAAAAGAACGUUUUUACCAUUUAGAAAGUGAGGAAAUCGAUACAUCUAAUGUAUCAAGUGAAGAAGAAAGAAAUAAAAAAAAUAUUAAAAAUAAUAAAGUCUCGUCAAAACACAAUGAAGAUGAUGAAAAAGAUUUGCCGAAUAACAGUAAAAGCGAGGAAGAUUUCUCUAGGGAGCAUAUGAUGACUGAAAGUGUCGAAAGUGAAGAAAAAUAUGUUGAAAAUGAUAAACCAGAGAAGAAAAUAAAUGAUAAAACUGACGAGUAUGCCCCCAAGAAACUCUUACAAGUAAAUCAUAAAUUUGGCGAAAAUAGUAGAGAAACUGAAGAAGACAUAAAAGAUUUGGCAGUGUCAAGAGAAGAUUACAGUAAUCUACCCACUCAAAACACUUUGAAUAAUUCAAAAGUUAUUAAAGAUGUAGAUUUAGGAGAUUUUAGCUAUGAAAAUAAUCACAGGAAUAGCGAUGAAGGACUUGCAUCUAAGAAUAAUUCACAGAAACAGUUUGGUAUUGACUCCAAUGUAAAAGUCACUCCUAUAGAGGAAACAAUUUCAACAAUGGCAAACAGUAAUGAACAAUAUUCAGUUGAGGAAAGUAAUGAUUCCAUUGAAAAUGAAAAGCAAGUAAAUAUUAAUGAUGGUGAAAUAAGACCUGUUGUAGAAUUAACAAAAGAAGAAGAUAGUAUUGAGGAGAGUGAAGAAAAUAAUAAUGAACAAAUUAAAGCUAACUUAAAUGACGGAUAUGAUGCAAAGGUAAACUCUGAAAAAAUAUUUGAACUAGAACCAGUAAUUAGAGAACAAGAUGAGGUUAAUGUAAAACAACAAUUUGAAAGAAUACCUCUAAAUUAUAAUCAUUCAGCUAUAAAAUCUAGUCCUUUAGAUAGUACUGAAGAUAGUAACAAUAAUGAUACAGAAGGUACGCUAGACUCACUUUCACCUAUUAUUAAUAAUAAAUUUGAUGACAAUUUGAAUAUUAAAUUCACUGACCUUACCAUCAAACUACCUGAAAUUAAUUUACCGGAAGAUAUAUUAUCUUAUGCACGUGAAGAAUCUGAAAGUGAGAAAAAUAAAGACAAAGAAAAUACUAAAUAUUACAAUUAUGAAGACAGUUAUGAAGAUUCUAAAGAAAAUUCUGAAACGCCAAAGAAAAAGGAGGAAGAAGAAGAGGAAAUUGAUAAUUUUUAUUCACCUUAUUUUUCUUUGUCUAAAGAUAAAUUACAAAAAUCAACGGCUCAAGACAAAUACGACGAAGAUAACGAAGAAGAUUACGAAGAUUUGUACGAAAAAUUUGUUCGAGAAAGGUUUGGUAAAAGUAAAGGAAGGUCAAACAAACAAGAUUUAAAACGCAAACCAAUUAACUCUAAAUUAUACGAAACAGUCCAACGUGUAAUAAAAAAGACUGAUAAUAUUGAAAAAGAAGCUUUAGAGAGUAGAAAUCCAGAUGCUGGUUACUCUUGGACAUUGGAAUAUGGUGAAAACUUA